AUGGCAAAGCGAAGCCACCAACCCCCCCAGAGCGGGACCGGGCGCGCCGGGGUGCAGGGGCCGGGGGCAGCGGGCGGGCGGGAUGGGGGCAGACCCGGGGAGGCGGCGGGAGCGGGGGGCCGGGGGGAGGCUGGGAGGAGGAGGAGGAGGAGGGGGCCGGGGCCGGUCACACACGCCCGCCGCCGCCGCCGCCGCCGCCGCCGCCGGCAGCAGCAGCCGCCCCGCGGGCCAGCACCACCGGCUGCCGGUCUCCGUGACAACGCGACCCCGGGGGGGGGGCCGGACCCGGCGGGGGCAGGAGGCGGAGAGACCGGACCUUUCACGGCAAUAUCCUCAUGGGCCGGCGGCGGGGGGUCUUUGUCCCCCUCCCCGGGGGAAGCGGCGCCCUUCUCGGGAGCGGGGCUCAGGCGAUGCCGGCGGAUUUUCUUCACUCAACGAGCAGAGCAUCCAACAUGGCGCUGCGGCCGCCUCCAGCAGUCCGGCAGGACGGCCACUCGGAAAGUUUCGGGCGCUUUCGGAACGGCUCGGGAGGCCGAGGGUGGGAGGCCGCUUCGGCUCUUUCCGGAGACUGCGAGCGGUCGGGAUUCCUCGGAAGCGCUCGGGCGCGGCUUCGGCCGCCGUUCGGGAGCGCUCCAGGGCGGACUCGCUUCCUCGGGAAGGAUCGGCGAGGGGGCCGUCUGUGGCUGUCCGCGGCGCGGCUGCGGGGCGGAGGGAGAGUCCGAAGGCGAGGCUGGGCCUGUGAGCGGCCGCCCCUGCGGCCCAGCCGGGAGGGACAAUGGUGACGGCCCCGGGGCCUGCGGGCCGCCGAGCCCUGCCCGCGGGAGCCGAGAGGUGCGGCCAGGGGAGAAGGUCCGUUCCUGUGGCAGGAACCGCUUAGCCAGAGUGACACCGGGAGGACAGGGACCCGCCGCGGCGACCUAUUAACAUAACAAAUGCCACUGGCCGGCCCCUGACCACGCACUGCACAUCCAUUGUGUCGACACGUCGUCCUCAGACACUCAGAGGUCAGUGGAGUGCGCUGAGGCUCGGGAGCAAGAGUGACUGGCCCAAGGUCAUACAGCCGGGAUCCAGAGCCAAGCCCGGAUGCAAAUUCCACCUUUGUGCGGAUGAGUCUUGCCACCUCCCAGGUUGGCUGGGGCCAGUUGUCUGACCCGCCUUAUCUAAUCAGCGGCCUUGACUGAGGGUUCUGCGGAUGGAGUCUUCCCAAGGCCUAGCCCAGGACUGGAGUGCCCUUUGGCUUGCAGCCAGUAGUCCGCUCCCCCAUGCCCUAUGCUGGGUAACACUUGUUGAUAAGGUCCUUUUCUUCCCAGCUGGACCUGCCAAGAUCACUCCCAACGCUGCCCCGCCCGCCCCACCCCCAGCAGGGGCCUUGUCUGCACAGUAGCACUGAGUGGAAAGGAAUCGCGGCCAUCAGGGAGCAAUCCAGGGUUCCUCAGCUCCUGGCUUUGAAAAGGAAGCUUCAUCUCCCCUGUUUCUUGGCCCCUUCCCCCCAUCUACAGACUGGAAGACAACAGCUACUUCAAACUUUGGAAUCCUAAACCUCCUAGAGUUAUCAUGAGAAAUAAAACAAAUA